AUGACUGAACAAGUACUGUCUGGCAAGACCUGCCUCAUCACCGGCGGUGGCGGUGGCCUCGGAAAAGCGAUCGCGACCAAGUUCCUGGAGGCCGGCGCGAAUGUGGUUAUCUGUGACAUCAACGACGAGCGUCUGCAGCAGACCUCUGCAGAGCUGUCGCCCAAGGGUCCGCUGAAGGCUAUCAAGGCCGAUAUCACCAAUAAGACCGAAGUGGAAGCUCUUUUCAAUGAGCUGCUUAGGGCCUUCGGCAAGAUCGAUGUACUGAUCAACAAUGCCGCUAUCAUGGACCAUUUCGAUCCGGUCGGCGACCUGGAAAUCGACCUCUGGGAUCGGGUCAUGGCUCUCAACCUCACUGCGCCAUUUGUCAUGAGCAAAUUGGCUAUUAGCAAUAUGUUGGAGCAAGAAAGUCCAAAUGGCCGCAUUAUCAAUAUUACAUCCGUCGCUGGUCGGGCUGGAUGGGCUGGUGGUGCUGCUUACACUGCCAGCAAGCAUGGCCUGGUCGGCCUGACUAAGAACACCGCCGCAUUCUACGGCAGCAAGGGCAUCCGCUGCAAUGCUCUCAUGAUGGGCGGCAUGCAGACCAACAUCUCCGACGUCUUCAAGACAGGCUUGAACAUGGAUGGCUUCCAACGGUUCAACUCAGUAUACGAGGCUAUCAACGCCCCCCUCUGUGAUCUGGACGAAGUCGCUGGAUUUGUCACCAACUUGACAUACGGCAAGGGUGCCAGUAUUAUCAACGGUUCCUGCAUUUCUGUCGAUAAUGGCUGGAGCUGUGUGAUGGGAUAG